AUAGGAUGACAAUCAGCAGCUCGGAUCAGUCCAGAGUCAGACCUGAAGCCUGAUGGAGGUCAAACUGUCCCGUUAAAGAGCAGCAGACAGGAAAAACAUGUGAUGUGGAUCCUCACAGAUGGACGUUUACAACUCAGACUGAGAGGAACAACUUUGGUUUGGACCUCUGCAGAGACACAAACACUCCUCCUCGGACAGACUGGAAACUCUUCCAAAGGAGCGUUAAAAUAACUUCAGGAAAGUAGUUUUUCUGGGACGAUUCAUUGUCGGAAGUUUCAGAGAUGACCGAGCCAGAGAAGAGCCAGGACAUUCCUGAUGAGUCUGCAGGAAAAGGAGAAGGAAUCCCAAACGGAGGAAAUGCUGCAAAAACCAAAGAGGAUUUUGACCUGGCGGCCAUCUACGUGUCAGACGCUCAGUACAACAGGAACAUCAACUUUGACACGUCGCCGCAGGCUGUGAGACUAUAUCUGCGCUACAACCACUGGAUCCCUAAGGUGCUCCUCUACUUCUUUAUCCUGGUCGAUAUGUCUCUGGCCAUCGUCGAGGACCCGGCCGUCUUCCCUCUGCCUAUAUGGGCCACCAUGCUGGUGGAGCUGCUCUGUCUGCUCGUCUUCACCCUUCGACUCAUUCACUACGCCAAAGUGAUCCCUCGAGACAAGUUCUGGAAAGAUCCCAAAAACAUCUGCAUCAUCGUCAUCAUCGGGCUCACUCUGGUCGAUAUGAUCAUCUACGGAGCGCUGAAAGCUACAAACUGUUACGGUGUCCGCUGGUCCAGAGUCCUGCGCCCGCUGCUAUUGGUCAACGUCACAGAGGGACGGCAGCUCCGCAGAGCGUUCAGAAGCAUCCGGAACGCUCUGCCUCAGAUCUUCUCCGUCUUCCUGCUCUUCAUGUUCAGCCUCCUCAUCUUCUCUCUCAUGGCGCUCAAACUGCUGGGCAAACGAGAUCUGAAGACUAUCAAUGGAAAUCCGUACUUCACCGACUACCUGGAGAUCGUCUUCGAUCUGUACGUCCUCGUCACCACAGCCAACAGCCCUGACGUCAUGAUGCCAGCGUACAACGCCAGCUUCGUCUUUGCCAUCUUCUUCAUCUUGUACAUCCUCAUCAACAACUACAUCUUCAUGUCCGUCUUCUUGGCCGUCGUGUACAACAACUACAAGAAAUACCUGAAGGAGGAGGUACGGCAGCUGGUGAGGGCCAAACGGCACAAGAUGGUGCGAGCGUUCGCCGUGCUGCAGGAGCAGAGGGAGGGUGGCGGGGAGCCGGUGGUGACCCAGGCGAACUGGAACCAAAUUGUCCGACUGGUCCAGCCCGACAUCAGCAACGCACACAGAGAGCUGCUGUGGAGCGUCUCUGACGACAACAACCAGGGCUGCAUCGGUAAGGUGGCGUUCGUCCAGCUGGCCGACCUCCUGAACAUUGAGGUGAUCACGCUCAAGUCCAGACCCCACCCACUCAACAGUGUGUGCCCUUCCUUCUACCAGUCGGCCCCCAGCCUCCUCCUCUGCCGAUUGAUCCAACACCGGGCCUUUGUGAUCACUUACGAUCUGAUCAUCUUGGUGAACGCCGUGUUCAUCGGUCUGGACGAGGCGAAUCCGAUGAUCGCCAACUCAGAGUGGGUUUUCCUGGUUCUCUACAUGUUGGAGAUCCUGCUGAAGCUCUACGUAUUCGAGCCCAGAGCGUUCUUCUCCAAACACAGUUACUGGAACUGUUUAUCGGCAUCCCAGCUUGUAAGUACGAGGUUCGAUACCAUCAUCGUCAUCUCCGCUCUCAUCGCCACAAUCAUCAACUCCGCCAUGGAAUCAUCGGCAAAUUACACCAGCCGUCAGAUCCUGGACAUCAUCUUCAUCCUGCGAGUUCUCAGACUGAUCCGGGUGGUGGACAGCAUCAAAAGGUUUCGUACAAUCAUCAACACCCUGGUCAGGAUCGGACCAGCGAUCCUCACAUUUGGACAGCUGAUCAUUGUGGUGUACUACAUCUUUGCCAUGGUGGGGAUGGAGCUGUUCAAAGGGAAGGUGGAGUAUUACGAGGACCCCAAAAACCCAGUGAAGGCGUACUGUGGAAACCCUCUGCUGGAAGGAAAGACCUUCGCACAACUCGACUACUGCAAGAACAACUUCAACAACGUGGUGUCCUCCUUCAUCCUGCUAGUGGAGCUCACCGUGGUCAACCAGUGGCACGUGCUCAGCAACGGCUUCGCCAUCGUCACCCACAAGGCAGCCAGGCUCUUCUUCGUCCUCUUUCACAUCAUAGUCGUCAUCAUCAUCAUCAAUAUCUUCGUGGCGUUCGUCCUCGAGGCGUUCUUCAUGGAGUACUCAGUGGAUAAGAGCGACCUGCAGACGUCUCUGGAGAAGAAGAUUGAGGAGCUGGAGCUGGCUGUUGCACAGGAGAAGUUGGAGGAUAACUUGGUGAACCAAAUGGAAACCAUCGACAACGACCAGGGAACCGGCCAAUCGGCUGACAACAAACCAACCCUGAUGUUUAAAAUCGCAUCUAAAAGAUAUCGGACGGUGGACGCUCUGCUGCAGCGGAUGUUCGAGGCCGAUCUCGACCCCGAAGACUUCGCUGAGAACGACGAUGAAACCAACCAGAACUUUUCGAACCCGACGUUCAGCUCUGCGUAGACUUGAAUGUACAAAUAUACAGUAUAUGAAGGGAACCAGAUUCUAUCAUUUAUAUACAGUUUUAUACUCCGUAUCAUCUCACAUGUUUAAAUCUGAUGUUUAUCCAGUGUUAUAUUUUUUAUAUUUCUGUCCUGUAGCUCUGUGUAAAAACACAUAAAGAAUAUUGACAGAG